CCGGAGCCGCCGGCCCGCCCGGCCGAGCCGCGCCGGGCGGGAGGAUGCGGCGGUUCGCGCGGGUGGCGCUGCUGUGCCUGGGCUGCGCCGUCUGCUCGCUGCUCUACGGCCUCAGCCAGCUGGCCCUCUCCCUGGAGCAGCAGCCUGGCGGCCGCGACAGGCAGGCCCGAGAGCCCGCCACGCCCGGCGCCCGGCGGCAGGCGGGGAGCGCGGGCCGAGGCGAAGCGGGGAGCGGCAGGUGUAAGAAUUUGUCUGUAUCUUUCUGGAAUUCCUAUUGGAUGCUGCCCUCUGAUGUUUGUGGAAUGAACUGCUUUUGGGAAGCUGCUUUUAGAUAUGAUUAUAUGAAAACACAUCCUUCUGAGAAAAUGCAUCUAGCAGUGGUGGCCUGUGGUGAAAGACUGGAGGAGACUGUUACUAUGUUGAGAUCAGCCAUUAUUUUCAGCAUCAAACCUCUCCAUUUUCAUAUUUUUGCUGAGGACCAAUUGCAUGAGAGUUUCAAAGACAUACUUGAUGAAUUCCCGUAUGAAGGAAGAGUUAAUUACACAUUAUAUCCAAUAACAUUUCCAUCUGAGAGUGCAGCAGAAUGGAAGAAAUUGUUUAAACCGUGUGCUUCACAAAGACUAUUUUUGCCAUUAAUCCUCAAAAAUGUGGAUUCACUACUGUAUGUUGAUACUGACAUCUUGUUUUUGAGGCCUGUUGAUGAUAUUUGGGCUUUUCUGAGAAAGUUCAACUCCACACAAAUUGCUGCAAUGGCACCAGAACAUGAAGAGCCUCGUAUUGGGUGGUAUAAUCGUUUUGCUAGACAUCCCUAUUAUGGAGUAACUGGAAUUAAUUCUGGAGUCAUGCUAAUGAAUAUGACACGUAUCAGAAGAAAAUAUUUCAAGAAUGAUAUGACACCAGUCCGGUUACAAUGGGGAGAAAUUCUGAUGCCACUACUGAAGAAAUACAAGUUGAACAUAACAUGGGGUGAUCAGGACCUAUUGAACAUUAUGUUUUUUCACAAUCCAGAAAGUCUUUAUGUCUUUCCUUGCCAAUGGAAUUACCGGCCUGACCACUGCAUCUAUGGAAGCAAUUGUAAGGCAGCUGAAGAAGAAGGUAUAUUUAUUCUUCAUGGAAAUAGAGGUGUUUACCAUGAUGAUAAACAACCAACUUUUAGGGCUGUCUAUGAAGCAAUAAAAAAUUAUUCAUUUGGAGAUGACCUGGUUCAUUCUCUGCUGCAGCCCCUAGAACAGGAAUUACAGAAAACCACUCAUACAUACUGUGGAAGAGUAUACAAAGUGUUCAUAAAGCAGCUAACAAAAAGCAUAAGAGACUUGUAUGCCAGAAGAUCAAAGGGAAGGUGAUUUUUGACUCCUAGUUGUUACAUCAAGAGACUGAAUUAACACAGCUGGUCAAAAGGUGCAAGAAUUCUAUUGCAGUUUGAAUGGGCUUUUAAUGUGCCCAGAAAAAAAGUUUACUAGCCUACAUAAAAAUGAAGAAAAUAUUAAUGUAAUGAAGAACAAGAACUUUUUUUCUGCAAAGGUGACUUUUGGUUUUUUGAAGUUUAAUCAGUGCUAAUGUUUCUCAUAUCUGAUGAUUUGGGUGUUACUGGCUUCUAUGGUCAGUACUUGUAGUCUGCAUAAUUCAGUUAUCAAAUGAUAAAUGAACAAGGAAGAAAUGAAGACGUCUCUGUUGAGAGUGUACCUCAUAUUGUCUAAAAUUCUCUUAAACUGUGAAUGUAGCAAUAACUGAGUCAGCAGCACUAACCUCACUUUAAAGGUGUGAGCCUUUAUGUAAACAAAGAUGUUUACAAGUGCAGAAAAUACUCUCCUGUCAAAGAAAUGUGUUGUAAUCAUUGACAAUCUGUAUGUGCCUUUAUAUGUUCAUCUCUUACAUGUUGAAGUACUGUUUUGACAAUCUUGUUUUGUUUAUCUCAGCUGUAAACUGCACACUAUAAAUAUGAUUUUCUGAGAAAUUAAUGUCUAGUAUGUGAUACUGGUUUUCUCUGUUAGUUAAUACAGAAACUUUAUAUUAAAAUUAUUUUGUUUCAACAUUGUAGAGCCAUUAGCACCAAAAGCCAGAGCAGAACUGAGGGGGUUUUAAGUAAAAGUCCACUUUGAAGUUACUUGUCUUCCAAUGAUUUUUAAAAAUUUCACGGUUUUGCAGCUUUAUAGGGCAUUUUGGAAGUAGGAAAAAAAAGCCCAGUGGUGGAAGCUGUUGCUGUUGGAUUUCCAUACUAAGAAUAGUUAUUACUUGAUUAUUGUUAUACAGUAUGUAGUAAAGAGCUGUAGUAAGAGUUCUAAUGCUGCAUCAGAAUGUGUAGAAGAUGGGUUUUUUAGGGAAUGUAUGUUGUUAUAAUAUUUUUUUAAGAAAUGGCUUUAAAAUAGUUUUGGGGCAGACCCUCAACUACAUGAAUGCAUUGCUGUCAACGGGGUGAUAGUGAUUUGCAACAGGUAAGGAUUAGGUUCCCUCCCUCCAAUUAUCUUAGUGAAAAAUGAAAAACUUCUGUUUGAGUAAUAAAAACUUUUUCUCCAGAGAAAACCAUGAAGAAAAAGGCUGAGUUCUAGUGUUAUGGUAAAAUAUUUAAACUUGCAUGGUAUGAAAUGUAUUUGUAAAGUAUAUAUGAACUUAGAUAACCUGUCUAAGCGAGAUGAAGUCUUCAUAAAGUGAGCUUUUGGAUUCCAGGACAGUUCCUGUGUAUUGAACAUGGAGGAUCCACUCACUGACUUGCACCUUCAUCCCAACCCCAUUUUAGAAACUUAAUUUUUGUAGCUGUUUCUUUGUCAAAGAUAACUGACUCCCAGAUCUGACUUCUGACUUCCAGAUCCAUGUGAGCUGGACAAAUGCUCUAGCAGUACAAAACCACACUCUACUGUCAGCAGUUUGUAUCCUGCUUCUAAUUUCCCUGCAGGCUCAGGGUAUAAAUUUUUGGGAUGGAAUUGAGGAAGCAGUCUGCCUCUCAUGUAGGUCUGUUUUCCUUGCUGUGUAACCUUUUGAAACCUGAAAAUGUAGAAAUCUCUGUGAAGGUGAAUACUGUAACUGACUGGUUUUACAAUAUGCAGUGCAUUAUUUUUUUUACAUAAAUACUGAUUUUUAUAUCUA